GAUUCACAAGAACUCCCCGAUAAUGAUCCGAUUUUCAUGGCCACACAGUGCAAGAUAGUCUCGAGCAGUGUGGAUAUUAGGUCGUCGAAGGUUUGUGAGCUUGGAUUAUUGAAUUAUAAAGCAAAACAUGUAUUUUAUCAUUCCAAAAACAGCAAAUUUAAAUGUAGAUAUGAUUACUACUGGAGUUCAGUGUUCAAGGUAGAGUACAGAGACCAUUCUUUAGGUCAGAUGCAAUUUGCCAUGGCAGAGGCACCGAAUGAAGCCCUUCCACUAAGUUGCAGGCCUAACUUUGGUUCUGCUUGGUUAACCAAAGAUAAGUUCAAGGUAGUGCUUUUCAAGUUUAUAUUGAUACUCAUGACGAUGCACAGACCUGAUUCAUCCUUUUAA